CCCUUCUCCUCCUUCCAAGAGUGCGAGAGUGGUAGAGUCAUCUUCCCUCCGCCAAGAGGAGGAUAUACAUGUCUAAUAUUUAGACAUGAUGGCAACCUGGACUCAAAGAAGAACUUUGGUCAUUCUUAUUGCUUUUCUAGGAUGUUUGGGAACAAUACAAACACAAGAGGAAGAAGAGUUUGAAGGGGAACUAGAUACCGAAGAGGUUGCCUGCACGCAGGGUGGCCAGGUGUAUCUGAACAGAGACAUUUGGAAGCCGUCCGCGUGCCAGAUUUGUGUCUGCGACAAUGGAGCCAUUCUCUGUGAUGAGAUCCAAUGUCUCGAGGUGCUGGAAUGUGAAAGUCCGCAGGUCCCUCCGGGAGAGUGCUGCGCUGUGUGUCCAAACACAGCCCGCAAUGGAUUUGAAGGCGCUAUUGGUAGAGGACGGAAGGGUCAAAAAGGAGAACCUGGAGUUGUGCCAGUGGUUACAGGUAUUCGAGGUCGGCCCGGACCAGCUGGGCCUCCAGGAUCUCAAGGACCAAGAGGAGAUAGAGGACCAAAAGGAAGACCUGGUGCACGUGGUCCUCCAGGAAUAGAUGGGGAACCUGGUAUACCUGGACAACCUGGCGACCCUGGGCCUCCCGGCCAACCAUCCACAGGGCCAGAUGGAGUGGGCAGACCAUUUACAUCUCAGAUGGCAGGACUGGAUGAAAAGUCCGGGCUCGCUGGCCAAAUGGGAUUCAUGCCUGGAGCAGUGGGUCCUGUGGGUCCACGUGGGCCUCAAGGUCUACAAGGACAACCUGGUGCUCAAGGCCCAUCUGGCCCUCCAGGUGAACAUGGAGAUCCUGGGCCAAUGGGGCCAGCUGGUGUUCGUGGUCCAGAAGGCCCUCCAGGGAAACCUGGUGAAGAUGGUGAAGCUGGCAGAUCAGGACAACCUGGAGAAGUUGGAUUCCCAGGAUCUCCAGGUGCUCGCGGUUUUCCUGGUGCUCCUGGCCUUCCAGGUUUAAAGGGCCAUAGGGGACAUAAAGGACUUGAAGGCCCUAAGGGUGAAAUGGGAGCCACUGGAUCUAAGGGGGAACUUGGUCCAUCGGGUCAGAUGGGUUCACCAGGCCCUAUGGGUCCUCGAGGAAUGGCAGGAGAACGAGGACGUAUUGGACCACAGGGAGUUCCAGGGGCUCGUGGUUCUCACGGUAUGCCAGGGAAGCCAGGGCCAAUGGGUCCCCUUGGUAUUGCUGGUUCACCAGGUUUUCCAGGCAUUCCUGGCAGGAAGGGUGAAGCUGGUCCAACAGGUGCACGUGGUCCGGAAGGUCCUCAGGGACAAAGAGGUGAAACAGGUCUGCCGGGUCCUGCAGGAACAUUUGGCCUUCCUGGCUCCCCCGGUACGGAUGGUUCCCAAGGUACUAAAGGGCCAUCGGGCUCUCCAGGCACUUCAGGUCCACCUGGCUCACCUGGACCUCUUGGUUCUACAGGACCACAAGGCAGCACAGGUCCCCCUGGCAUCAGAGGGCAAAUGGGAGAUCCUGGUGUGCCCGGUUUCAAAGGAGAAGCAGGCCCUAAAGGUGAACCGGGUCCACACGGCCCUCAGGGUCCAAUUGGCCCCGUUGGUGAAGAAGGGAAAAGAGGUCCUCGUGGUGACCCAGGGUCAGUUGGCCCUCCUGGACCUUUGGGAGAAAGGGGUCCUCCCGGAAAUCGUGGCUUUCCAGGUUCUGAUGGCUUGCCGGGACCAAAGGGUGCUCAAGGAGAACGUGGUCCUGCAGGAGCUUCUGGUCCUAAAGGAAGUCAAGGUGAUCCCGGUCGCACAGGAGAGCCAGGCCUCCCAGGUGCCAGGGGUCUUACAGGGAAUCCAGGUGUUUCAGGUCCAGAAGGAAAAUCUGGACCCUUGGGUGCUCCAGGAGAAGAUGGCCGACCAGGCCCAGCAGGUCCAAUAGGAAUUCGAGGCCAGCCAGGCAGCAUGGGUCUCCCUGGGCCAAAAGGCAGUAGUGGAGACCCUGGAAAACCUGGAGAAGCAGGCAAUGCUGGUGUCCCAGGGCAGAGAGGAGCUCCCGGAAAAGAUGGUGAAGUUGGCCCUGCUGGUCCCGUUGGUCCACCUGGACUAGCAGGAGAAAGAGGGGAACAAGGUCCCCCGGGUCCUACAGGUUUCCAGGGCUUACCUGGUCCUCCAGGUCCUCCAGGCGAGGGCGGAAAGCCAGGUGAUCAGGGUGUUCCUGGUGAUCCUGGAGUUACAGGCCCUUUGGGUCCAAGGGGUGAACGUGGUAAUCCAGGUGAGAGAGGAAAUCCAGGAGCAUCUGGUCUUCAGGGGGAAAAGGGAAUGGCUGGAGGUCAAGGUCCUGAUGGUCCAAAGGGGAAUCCCGGCCCCUCUGGAACUCCUGGGGAUCAAGGGCCACCAGGUCUUCAGGGUAUGCCAGGAGAAAGAGGUAUUGCUGGAACUCCUGGUCCCAAAGGCGAUAGGGGCAGUAUAGGAGAAAAAGGCAGUGAAGGCACAGCUGGCAACGAUGGCGCAAGAGGUCUCCCAGGUCCAUUAGGCCCAGGUGGCCCCGCAGGUCCCGCUGGUGAAAAGGGUGAACCUGGCCCUCGAGGUUUAGUCGGUCCUGCAGGCUCUCGUGGAAAUCCUGGUUCCCGUGGUGAAAAUGGCCCAACUGGUCCAGUUGGUUUUGCUGGUCCCCAGGGGCCUGACGGUCAACCAGGUGUGAAAGGUGAACCUGGGGAGCCUGGGCAGAAAGGAGAUGCUGGAUCUCCAGGACCCCAAGGUCUUGCAGGGUCUCAUGGACCACCAGGUCCUUCUGGGGUUCCUGGACUAAAAGGUGGCCGUGGUACUAAAGGACCCCCAGGUGCUACAGGAUUCCCCGGAUCUGCUGGAAGAGUAGGGCCCCCGGGACCUACCGGAGCUACUGGCCCAGCUGGGCCUCUUGGUGAACCAGGCAAAGAAGGUCCUCCCGGUCUUCGUGGAGAUCCUGGCUCUCAUGGUCGAGUAGGAGAUCGAGGUCCUGCAGGGCCACCUGGCAGUCCUGGAGACAAAGGAGACUCAGGAGAAGAUGGACAAACUGGUCCUGAUGGUCCUCCAGGCCCUGCUGGAACUACUGGCCAGAGAGGCAUUGUGGGUAUGCCAGGUCAACGCGGAGAAAGGGGCAUGCCUGGGCUACCUGGUCCUGCUGGCACACCAGGAAAACAAGGCCCAACAGGACCACCAGGAGAUAAAGGACCUUCUGGGCCACUAGGUCCUCCAGGUGCUCAUGGCCCGGUGGGUGAAGCAGGUUCAGAAGGGCCUGCUGGCAAUGAUGGUACCCCAGGACGAGAUGGAGCUGUUGGAGAAAGGGGUGACCGUGGUGAACCUGGACCUGCAGGCGUUCCUGGUUCUGUGGGUUCUCCAGGCACUCCAGGGCCAGUUGGGUCUCCAGGGGAUGCAGGACUAAGGGGUGAAGCAGGCUCUCGAGGUCCGAUGGGCCCUUCUGGUCGUGCUGGAAAACGAGGUUUGCCUGGUCCCCAAGGUCCUCGUGGUGACAAAGGGGACAACGGAGAUCGAGGGGAUAGGGGACAGAAGGGUCACCGAGGCUUCACUGGUCUUCAAGGUCUCCCUGGACCUCCUGGUCCUAUUGGUGAACAAGGCAGUUCUGGGAUUCCAGGUCCAUUUGGCCCUAGAGGCCCUCCAGGUCCAGUUGGGCCUUCAGGUAAAGAAGGAAAUCCUGGACCACACGGGCCAGUUGGACCUCCUGGUGUAAGAGGAACUUUAGGAGAAGCAGGACCUGAGGGUCCACCAGGUGACCCAGGUCCCCCAGGUCCCCCUGGUCCCCCAGGCCAUCUCACCGCUGCACUUGGGGACAUCAUGGGACAUUAUGACGAUAUGAUGCACGAUCCACUGCCGGAAUUCACAGAAGACGAAGCUGCCCCAGAUGACAACAAUAAAACAGACCCGGGAGUCCAUGCCACACUGAAGUCGCUGAGUAGUCAGAUCGAAACAAUGCGUAGCCCUGAUGGAUCUAAGAAACACCCAGCUCGCACCUGUGAUGACCUGAGGCUGUGUCAUCCAUCCAAGAAGAGUGGAGAAUAUUGGAUUGAUCCCAAUCAGGGUUGUGUGGAAGAUGCUAUCAAAGUAUUCUGCAAUUUGGAAACAGGAGAAUCGUGUAUACCUGCCAACCCAGCUAGCAUCCCACGUAAAACGUGGUGGACUAGUAGAUCAUCUGACCUAAAGCCCGUAUGGUAUGGACUUGAUAUGAAUAGAGGUUCACAGUUUGUCUACGGAGAUAGUGAGUCGCCCAACACAGCUGUCACUCAAAUGACUUUCCUCCGCUUGCUGUCCAAAGAAGCUUCUCAGAAUAUCACCUACCUUUGCAAGAACAGUAUAGGGUACAUGGAUGACCAAGCCAAGAACCUGAAGAAAGCUGUGGUCCUGAAGGCAGCUAAUGACCUUGAGAUUAAAGCUGAAGGAAACAGCCGCUUCAGAUACACUGUCCUUCAAGACAGCUGCAGUAAACGCAACGGAAACGUGGGCAGCACUGUCUUCGAAUACAAAACGCAGAAUGUGGCACGCUUACCUAUAGUCGACAUUGCUCCAGUGGACAUUGGAAGUGCAGACCAAGAGUUUGGAAUAGAGAUUGGGCCAGUUUGUUUUGUGUAGUAAAAAAGAAAGAAAGAAAGAAUAACAAAUAAAUAAAAAAGGGGGGGGGACAUACAUAUUCACAAGCAUUGGGAAACAACAGCAACAAAACACAAGAACUUAGACUGAGUGAAGUUAAUCCUGAGACUCUUGAAAUAAUGGCUGAUAUUGGAAUCAGCAUUGUAUAUAACAGUUCUUUCUAAUUCCCUGGCCUGCUUUAGGUUAUUUAUUUUACUGACUUACACACCUCCAGUCUUAAUUGUCCCAAGUCAACUUUUUUAAAGAAGUAAUAGGACUUUAAAAGGACAAAUGACCACCCUUUGAUGCAAAAAUAGCUCACAUAUACGUUUCUUGAAAAAUAAAUAAAACAUCACCGUCAUUAUUAUUUAUACAUGGGGUUUUUGCUCAGUUUAAAAUGGGCGCAAUUCACAUGAAGCAAGUACUCUAAACAGAUGGGUAUAUGUAAGACGAUCAAUUGUCCACCAAGUUAAAACUCACUACUGCACCAGUGAGGCAUUGUAGAUUAUGACACUUGAUAUUUUUUU